AAAUCCAAUGCCCAUUUGCUUAUUUAAUACCACCCCCUACUUCUCCCUCUAGUAAAACGCCUCCUUUCCCUACUCCUUUUGCACUCUCAAUCUUGAUCUCUUUCGCUAAUUUUCUUCUUCACCUAUCCUUCUAAUCGUUAUCAUCAUCUCCGAGGGAAAGCAUGCAGACUUAAGAAGGGAGAGCUUUUUUUUAUUUUGAAAGUGCAAGUACUAACAUUGACUGAGAGAGGGCAGUCAUACAUACAUACAUUCAUACAUAUAUAUAGAGAGAGAGAGAGAGGGCGCGGGAAGCAAGCAUGAAGGAGAGCGGGCGGAAGCAAGGUGCAGCUCCACCAUGCGCAGCAUGCAAGCUUCUAAGGAGGAGGUGUGCCCAAGACUGCGUAUUUGCUCCUUAUUUCCCUGCAGACGAGCCCCAGAAGUUCGCUAAUGUGCACAAGGUGUUUGGUGCUAGCAAUGUCAACAAGAUGCUCCAGGAGUUACCGGUUCACCAGCGAGGCGACGCCGUUAGCAGCAUGGUGUACGAGGCCAAUGCCAGGGUACGUGAUCCAGUUUACGGGUGCGUCGGAGCCAUAUCAUCACUUCAGCAGCAGAUUGAUGCCCUCCAAACCCAAUUGGCCAUGGCACAGGCGGAGGUGGUGCACCUACGAGUGAGGCAGACCGCAUCGUUUUCACAUCAUGGAUUCGGCCCUGGAAGCCCGAGUAAUAGCGGGUCACCCUCAUCCAAGCUGAUGGGUUCACAAGCUAAACCCAUUUUUGACAUGGAUAUGGUAGUUGACCAGGCUAGCUUCGGAGAGUCCAUGUGGUCAUGCUAGGAUAUUAUUAUAUAUAUACAAUAGGCUGCAUUUUUGUCACCCUAUGCUUGAUUUCCCUCUUAAGUAUAAUCCCUAAAUCAUUUUUAUAUACAGCAAUAUGAGUAGACAAAAAAAAGAGAGGUGGUGGCGGUAGCGGUGGCGCUGUGGCGGCUAGAGUGGUUGUCAAGGUCAUUUAGCAUAUUUUGGUUUGAAAAGGGUCUUUAUCAUUAACUAUAUAUGAUGUACAUGUAUAAUUUUAACUUUUUAUACAUGAGCUUGGUUUUAGCCUAUUUUGGUUGAUGCAAUCAAUUUCAAAGGUGACGUUUAUUAUGUUUGAAAA